UAUCGGUUUGUGUGUGUGUGUGAUAUACUAGUGGUGUAUGUAUGUGUAUGUAUGUAUGUAUGUAUGUAUGUUAGUCAGAGAGUCGCGAUGGUCACUUCAUCUCCAGAGAAGACGAUGCAUUGCGGAGGUGGAAGAGGCUGCUGGUGGUGGAGGAGCCAACUGACGCAGGUGGUAGCUACUGCAGCCCUCCCGACAACACUCCUCCUCCCGUCCUCCUCCCCCCUUCCUUCACGCUCCGGAUAAUGAACUGUCAAGUGAUAGCGUGGAGUGACGGUCGAUCUUGUUGCUGAUAGUGAAGAACUUACCGUGGCCUGGAGGGGGAGUUACCGUCCACCACUCAUUUACCUUUACCUGUCGAGUUUUAAAAGGAUUGAGUAACUUUUGACGGAAUCGAGUGACAUUUAAUGGGAUUGAGUGACAUUUGAUGGGAUUGAGUGACAUUUUAGAGAAUUGAGUGACAUUUGAUGGGAUUGAGUGACAUUUUAGAGAAUUGAGUGACAUUUGAUGGGAUUGAGUGACAUUUUAGAGAAUUGAGUGACAUUUGAUGGGAUUGAGUGACAUUUUAGGGAAUUGAGUGACAUUUGAUGGAAUUGAGUGACAUUCUAGACAAUUGAGUGACACUUUGGAAACUCAUUUGGAUUGGGAACAUUAUUUUUACGUCAACAAAGAUAUAAAAGUGACAUUGGAAACUCAUUUACACUGGAAACAAUUUCUAUCAACAACGGAAACACAAAAAACAGAGUAAAAUUUUGACUCCUGGGGAAAUUUUCUUAUUAAUAAAUGCAGAGGAAAAAGAUGAAGUGACAUUUGGAAAGACAACUACACUGGGGAAACAAUUUUAACCCUAAACAAAUGCAGAUUAAGAUGAAAUUGUGAUAUGCUAGGGAAACUUCUCCAAACCUGCAGGGGAAAAAAAUAUAAAAAAAGACUGAAGUGCAGGGAAUUUUUUUGUUUAUAUAAUUCCCUAAAAAAUAACAAUAUGGAACUAGUCCAAUAUAAACUGGAGUAAUAUAUUGGUGACGGCUAUAUUAUUUGUUUCCAAUAUGGGGUAACAUUAUGGAUUGGAAAUUGUGUUGGGGGAGAGAAAUAUCCCCGUAGUAGGGAAUAAAUCACAUCUAAAAUACCCCGUAAAAGAAAAUAGUCUAGAUAAUAUGACAUAAGAGUGUGGAAGACAUAUUAGAACAGCUACUAUAAUAUGGCCUAAGACGCUUCCAAAAGGUGUAGUACGUGUUUGAUAAGGACUGAAAACUGACUAAAAAAAUCCUACACUGCCAAGAGUACACAGAGAGACAGACAGACACUCAGACUGUCUUGGUAUGAGGAACGCGCCGUCUGAGUUGAUGUGACGGGUGUGUGGCGGGCGCGCGUGUGUGUCUGGGGGGUGGCUGCUGUAUCGAGACGGGCGGCUGUGGGCGGUUGUGGGCGGGCAACGAUGAGGAAGUGGAGUCAUAGGAAAGACGGAUUCUUUAGGAAGUUGAUCGAGACGGAUUCCAAGUCGCUCAACUCUCUCUCCACACAGUCGGUGGGGUCAGCUACAGGUGCUGGCCAUUCUCGCAAGUCAUCGGACACCUCACAGAUCUCAGUGGCUUCAGGAGGCUCAAGCGGCUCCUCGGGCGGGGGCUCGACUGGGGGAUCGCAGCUACAGGAUCCAGAGGAGGAUCUUUGGGGCCUGUGGGGACGUCUGGUCAACGACUGGGAAACAUGGAACAAGAAGAAGAGUUUGCAGCUCAAGGAGUUGGUGCGGAAGGGUAUCCCCCACCAUUUCCGAGGGAUCACUUGGCAGCUACUCUGCUCUGCUCACAACUCUCCGGAGAAGGGAAAAUACGCAGAAUACCUCAGAACAACAUCAGCUUGCGAGAAGGUUAUUCGUAGGGACAUCGCUCGCACUUACCCCGAGCAUGACUUUUUCAAGGAGAAGGAUGGUCUGGGACAAGAGAGUCUGUUUAACGUAAUGAAAGCUUACUCGCUCCAUGACAGAGAAGUUGGUUAUUGCCAAGGGUCUGCGUUCAUUGUUGGUCUCCUGUUGAUGCAGAUGCCGGAAGAAGAGGCCUUUGCCGUCUUAGUCAAGCUGAUGCAGGACUACCGGAUGCGUGAGAUGUUCAAACCCUCCAUGGCAGAGUUGGGACUGUGUAUGUACCAGCUGGAGUGUCUCAUUCAGGAACACUUGCCGGAUCUUCAUGCUCACUUCACUUCACAGAGCUUUCACACUUCAAUGUACGCUUCAUCAUGGUUCCUGACGUUGUUCUCCACCACGCUGCCUCAGCCUCUUGCGUGCCGUGUAAUGGACUGUUUCUUAGUGGAUGGUCUAGAAGUCAUAUUCAGGAUGGCUUUGGCUUGUCUUACCCUGGGGAAAGAAGAUCUGUUUUGUAUGGACAUGGAGGGAAUGCUCAAGUAUUUUCAACGGGAUUUACCGGCCAAGUUUGAAGCAGAUCCCGAGGGUUACUUUUCAUUAGCUUACUCCUUACGAUAUAAUGUUAAAAAGAUGAAGAAAAUGGAGAAGGAAUACACAGCAAUGAAGACUAAAGAGCAAGAGGAGCUAGUGGAACUGAAAAGACUACGGACAGAGAACAGACUGUUACGGCAGAGAAUAGACUGUUUGGAGGCAGAGUCCUCGGCUCUUGCUGACAGACUUAUCCAGGGCCAGGUGUCUCGAGCUGAGGAGGCAGAACACAACUUUGCUAUUAAGCGGGAGUUGGCUGCAUUGAGACAACACGACGGGGAAACGAUGGAACACUUGAUGGAUGCUCGUGAGAAGAUCCGUAAACUGACUGGAAUGAUCGAGGAGAAUUGCUCUUCUCGAGAAUCAUCCCUGGCAGAGCUGAUGGUCAAAGAGGAAGAAUUGAGACAGAAAGAAGAGUUGGUUAAAUGUCUACAAGAGGAGCUAGUUCAGGUAAGACUGAAGACAGCAGAGGCAGAAGCUACUAUUCGUGAUCUUCGAGCCAGGAUCCAAGAACUAGAAGAGGAACAGAAGAAGUUAAGGGAAGCUACUCCAGAGCACUCAGUGGCCCACCUUCAGGAGGAGUUGAUCGCUGUACGAUUACGAGAGGCAGAAGCCAACCUCGCACUCAAGGAUCUCAGGCACAGAGUUCAAGAGCUCACUCAGCUUUGGACGAAACAUGUGCAGGACCAACAUGGAGAUAAGAGUGAAGCAGCUAAGCCAGAUGUGACCAGCACACCCAGCAAAAAGCUCGGCCUCUUCUGGGACAGGUCUAACGAAGCUGCCAAACUGGAGGAGGAACUCAUGACCACCAAGUUACAUGAGACUGCUGCUGUGGCUGAACUGAAGGAAGCAAGAUUAAAGGUCAUGGAGCUGGAGACGGCUGUGCAGGUGUCCACGAAUCAGAUGAAACGGCAAGAAGAAGAGAACAAGAGGUUACAAGAAGCUCUCGACUCGGCAGAAGCCAACAUCCGCACCAUGCAGUCCCAGCUGGGCGAUCACAAGAGAAAAUACACUGAUCUUGAAAGCCAAAUGAAGGAAGAGAAAAUGCUGGCAAGAAUUCGUGAGGCUGAGAAGUCUCAGAGUUUAGCCGAACUUACUCAGAAGAUUUCCUCAUUAGAAUAUAAGAACCAAGAACUAGUGACGGAAGGUGAAGUGUCACGUGUAGGCGGCAGUGACAGUGACCAAGUUCCCCGACUCCAGGACAAAGUGGCUGAGCUUCAGUCAGAGAUUGCACGGCUCACUGCAAUCAAUCGCCGACUGACGCGUACUGUAAGCAUGCAGAGACUGGAUAUUGUGAGUGGACCGGAGUCUGACGUUGAGGAUACGGAUGAAUAUAGAUUAUACAUAGAGGACUCAGAUUCACCACCAAAGAAAUACGACUCUACCACAAAGGAAGAAAACGGAGACAUAGACUACGCGAGAGAGGAAAGCAGAGAAAGAAUACCCUCCAUUGGAAGCGACAGGUCAACGCCCUCACCGUCGAGAGAAACGGUGAACAGAAAAACAUCACAGACACUUGCCGAAGCAUUCCUUGAGCAGUUACCAGAAGUCAGAAACUGUGAUGACGCAUAUCAAAAUGGCUCCGCAACUCAAGAAGAGAGAGAGGCAUGCUAGUGAUUCAUAUAGUGAACUUCUCGGUGGGAGUCAGUAUAGGUGGUUGCUAGUGAUAUGCAACUUAAUGAAGUGGACAGCUUUAAAAUAUGAAGUAGGUGUAAGAACAUUUUUAUUGAUGUACAUAAAAUUAGGGAAAGAAAAGUCAUUGAACUGUGUUUGUAAACAUUUUUAAGUUAAGAUAAUGUAAACACAAAAGUCCUUGCAUGUGGGACACUAAACAAGCAUCAGUUGUCAUGUAUUCUACUUGGAUAUUUGGCACUUAUGGCUAGUUCAUCCAUUUUAUCCUGUGGGCCAUGUCAGUUUAGUGUGCAUUUAUGAGUAUAUUUAUACUUUCAUAUAUAUAUGAGCUUAAUUCUCUCAAUGAAUUAAUUUAACUAAAUCUUCCUCUGAAACGUCAGGAAAAAAUAUAUUUAUUGGCAUUGAUGAUUAUGCCCGUGUCUUCAGUGUGGUAAAUGGAAAAUAUGACAUUGAUUGGCUUAAGUUUGUUCAUCUUAAAAUGAUUCCUUGCCAGGUGGCUUAAACAAGUUGAGGUGGCCAAAAUGUAGUGCAUUUACAUAGAAACUGUUGUCACAUUUUCACUCACCUUCUUAUGCGAUACUUAAGUCCUAGACCCUCAGCAGCGAGCCAGGCUACUUUGGACUCGUCUUGACUGAGGACGCCCAAUAUUCAUAUACUGUUUGUCCAAAAGAUACCAUUUCAAUUCCUUGGAUAGUUGAAAUCUCUCUUUUUCCUGAGUGACUCAUUUCUGGUGAGAUUAAAUGAGUAAAUGUUAGAAAGAUGCACUGACUUGUGGAAAGUUAGACUUAAGCCAAUGAACUGUAGAUUAGUGAUGUUGGUUGGAAAUUGGAUUGAUCAAGAUGAACUGCAGAACUGAGAUGUGAGAGACUACCAGAUUGUAGCAAUAGGACAUAUGCUUCACAAGUAUUUAUAGGCACAAUCAAUGUAAAGCUGUGAUGUUUUCCUUCUGCCUUCACUUCUCCUCGGAGAAGGACGGUUAACGAAACCAAAACAAAGAUAUAUAAUUUAUUUAUUUAGGUUUCAGUUUUGUAUGUACUUACCUUAUGUAUAUAUACUAAGUAACAGUUGAUCCAUUUUUUUUUCUGUAAACUUAAUAUUUGUAUUUUAUUUCUUACCAUUUUUACACAAUUACUAUAUCAUACUACAGUGUAUCCUUAUUCAACCGUCUUCCUUAAAAUCAUAUAUGGGAGUGACAAUCACAAGGUGCAGUCCAUUGGAUUUUCUUACUUAAGACUAUUUCCCUACUCCCUGCCUUAAUAUGUUAUGUUGCUGCAGAAUAAUGAUUUCUACUUAAUAAAACUAACUUGCAAGUGUCCCAGAGGUGCUACAUUCACUCCUGUCAUUGUGAGUUUGUCAUGCUUUAAAUUUGUGCUGGUAAAAUAUACUGUACUAGAUUCAGGUCAUUUUUGUAUAAUUUUGCAAGUGUUUAUUGACAUUUAUGCAGUAUAGUUCACAUGUAAUUGUUCUUAUAAGAUUUGAGACCCCAUAUGCUUCAAAACGAUAGCUCCUGUUUGUAUGUGGCUUCAUUGUUUAUUAUUCAAUCACUAUUUACAGCUGUUAUUUGCAAGCAUACUAGAUCUACUGUACACACAGGCACCGUCACUUAGUAAUAGAAUUUAUUCAAUACUCAAUAUUUCCAUACUUACGAGUUAAUUAUCUACUCAUGGAUGGGAAUUUGCACCUACUCUUGUAUUUUGAAUCAUCAGUAGGGACAAAUUUUAAUAUAUGAGCAAUGUUCAUGGCUAACUUAUUCUCAGUAUAUGCUAGUACUGUGAGAACUUGAGAGUCCCCAUAGAAUCUUUGAUAUUGAAUGUUAUUAUUAAGUUAACUGAUGAGGGAAGGACUUGUGCAUACUUGAGAAGAGAAAGGGAUGAUGAUGACAUUCCACUAAUGUUCUGCAAUGUGAAGUUUAUCUUGAACAGCAAUGAUACUUCAAUAAAUAUAAACACAUA